UCUGCAACCAAGGGAAGCAAGUAUAUAAGACAUGUUUCAUUGUAGCCAUUGUGCGAAAUAUAUAGGAUGAUCAUGCCUUCUUCUCAUACCAUAUCCACUGGAACAAACAAACAUCGACGCUUCAAGCAAAAGAGAAAGAACGCAAAGAAAAGUAUGACAACAAGAUUUACAAGGUUGAAAACUGAGAUGGAACUGAUAAGCAAAGAGCAGGAAAGCAUUAAGGAAGGGCAAAGGCAAGUUCGAGAAAAAUUCGAAGCCAUAGAAAAAGAAUGCGAGCAACUGAGGAAAGAAACUAACCAAAUAACCCAACAAAGUGCUAUCACUCAAAUCCGCCUGGCUCUCAUCUUCGGCAUCCUCAAGGCACGAGAAGAAGGCAAUUUUUCUAAGGCUUCUCAUUUAGCUCAAUUGCUUCGUGGAAUAACAGCUAGCUAAAGCAUCAUCCGAAGCAGUUGUUUAUUCGUUCAAGUGAAUAACGAGGAAGUAGUCACUCUCUUUUUUCUACAUCACUUUAAACAUACAUGACCAAGUUGGGAUUCAUGUAGUUAAAAAGCUUUAGUAUGCAUUUUCAUGUAGUUAUCAAUGUGUUUAAAGCUUUAGUAUGUAUUUUCAUAUAGUUAUCGUUGUGUUUAAUGUUUUCGUUUGUAUUUCCAUGCUGUAAUUGUUGAAUUUAAAGCUUUAGUUUGUGUUUGUCUAAACGAAUUCAUUCGAAGCGUUGUACGUAAUUUUUUGUCACUAUUUAUUGCCUAAAUAUUUUUGUUAU